UUAAACGUCCACAUUCCUGGGGCGAUUACAAGCCAUCUUUUCCGAAUCGCAAAUUUAAGGGAACACGGCCCGUCUUUUGAAUCGAAACGCCACAUUUAACACACUCCUCUCGACAUGCUUCCCUCGGCAGUGUACGACCGCAACAUCAUGAAAGAACAUGCUUACUAUGAACGGGCGCUAGAGGACGCAUCGUCCAGAUUGAUCCAAAAAGAAUGGAUUUUGGUUCUAGUGCUUUGCGCCUUUAUGCUGUGCUUUGCAAAAGCAGCCUACUGCUCUUUUAAACGGCACAGAAAAAGGGCCGGCACACCAUCCGAACAGUUGGUAUGAAUGGAACUGGACCCAGGGGAUCUACACCGUACGAAAGAACAUCAGAGCUUGAAGGACACAGACAUCCGCAUUUCCAUAUUUACCGCAUUUUCGCCAAGCC